GUCGACACAGCGCACUCCAACGACGGCAUGGCAUCCCCCGGCACUUUCUCGCUGUUGUCUCAGGCGCUGGUGGCCGCCUGGGCUCGGCUUGACAAGUCAUUCUCGCCGACUCUGACGAUAAAGAAGCUCAGAGCACACCACUUUCGGCCGGCAGACCUCAUUUACAUCGUCCACUUUCUCCUCGCCACCUUUUGGUUCACGAUUAUGCAAGACCCGCCGUUCCCAUUGAAACUCCUCAUCCCGGCCGUGUGGAUCCUCGCCCUCCUCAUCCCGGCAACGUCCCAGUUCUUUUUGCCGGCGACGCCGAUCUUCAGCUACCUCCUCGCGUUCUAUUCCUCUCGCUUCGUCCCGGCGAGCAUCCGUCCAGCCAUCUCCGUCUCCAUCCUCCCCACCCUCGAAUCCGUCCUGUACGGCGCAAACAUCUCCGAUAUCCUCACCCGAUUCACCCAUCCCGUCCUCGACGUCAUCGCGUGGAUCCCAUAUGGUGUCGGCCAUUUCACCCUCCCCUUCGUCGUCGCUAUCUUCGUCUGGCUUUUCCGCUCAAAACGGGCGCUAAUGCUCUGGGGAAGCGUCUUUGGAUGGAUGAACCUCACCGGAGUCCUUAUCCAAAUUGUCUUCCCCUGCUCGCCCCCGUGGUACGAAGUCAUCCACGGCCUCAUGCCAGCCAACUACUCCAUGAAGGGUUCCCCCGGCGGUCUGGCCCGCAUCGACGCCCUCCUGCAUACCCAAAUGUAUACCACGGCCUUUACCAAUUCGCCCAUGGUCUUCGGUGCCUUCCCCUCGCUGCACGCAGGCGCGGCAACGAUGGAGGCCCUGUUCAUCUCCCACUUUUUCCCCCAGCUCACCAAAUUCGUCUGGGCCUACACAGCAGUGCUGUAUUGGGCCACAAUGUACCUCACACACCACUACCUCAUCGACGUCGUCGGCGGUGCAUGCAUGGCCACCGCAUUCUUCUACCUCUUCCUCCCAGACGACCUCAAGGGCAAAGCUGCACUCGAAGGUCCGGCCAACUUCAACUUUGUCAAGCCCUCGAAAUACCAGGUGUACGAUCUAGAGGAGCCGCGGGGGCCUGUUGCGCAGGAUUUUGAGCCGGCAGAGUCGGAGGAUGAAGAAGUCGACAUCACGUAUCGAUCGCCAGUCCCUGCUGUAGCCAAGUUCCAGAAGCAACAGGAGAAAGGCCAUAGACAUACCGCCAGCAUUGCGAGUCUUAUUAGAAGCGAUGAGAGGGGUCCGGAAGAAGGGUGGAGUCCAGUGACGAGCUCGUUUGGCAACUCGUCUAGGGUGUAG